AAGUAGCUGGGGUUACAGGCAUGUGCCACCACGCCCGGCUGAGUUUUGUAUUUUUAGUACAGACAGGGGUUUUGCCACAUUGGUCAGUCUGGUCUUGAACUCCUGACCUCAAGUGAUCCAUCCGCCUCGGCCUCCCAAAAUUGAGCCUGUUUUAAAUAAAAGCUAUAUGACCUUUGCCUUACAGCCUAUAUUCAUUUUUCCCUCAGAGGGGAAGGAAGCUGAUUUUUAUAAGCACUUACUGUGUGCCACGAGCUUUGUGCAAUCCAUCUCAUUCAACCCUUACCACAGCCUGUAAGGCCGAUGUUACUGCUCCCGUUCACAGAUGACAACCCCAGGGCUCAGCAAACAGAAGUGACUGACCUCUUGGACUGCGUUCUUGCCACUGCCCCCACUACCCCACUGUACUUUCCUGGCCUUAGAGCCCUCGGGUCCCUCAUGGACAGGCCUCCACACUGCCUGGGAAACUCAGAACAGCUGGAGGGGUUUCUUCUCUGAGGAUUCUGGUGUCGGGAGAUGGAAGCCCAGGAACAGUGGACAGAUGGAUGAGACAUUCUCCUUCUCACGCACUUAUCCUACACACUGGUCACUCUCAAAAGCACACCCCUAGUCACAUUCGGGCUCACACUCUCUUGCACACAUCGAUUUUUUCACGUGCACUUGCACUGCCCUCUGGACUUCUGCAGUCUCCUUCAUGAAGCGGGGAUGGGUGGAGCAGGGGCUGCCGGCAUUGAUGGAAAUUGAUGAUAUUUGAACAUCUGUGUGGCAACUCACUCUCCAGCUGUCCCCGCCUCCCCCAACCCCACCCCUAAACACACAUGCACUGGGGCUGACAGCUAUUUCCUCUCUCAGUCUCCCUCUCCCACCUCUGUCUGCCCGCUGCCUCUUGUCUAGCUGCUAUCAGGAGCUGACUGCUUCCAGGGCUGGAAUCCUGUGCUCCCUCUGUGCCCAGAGCCCCACGAUGUCGGCCAACGCCACACUGAAGCCACUCUGCCCCAUCCUGGAGCAGAUGAGCCGUCUCCAGAGCCACAGCAACACCAGCAUCCGCUACAUCGACCACGCGGCCGUGCUGCUGCACGGGCUGGCCUCGCUGCUGGGCCUGGUGGAGAAUGGAGUCAUCCUCUUCGUGGUGGGCUGCCGCAUGCGCCAGACCGUGGUCACCACCUGGGUGCUGCACCUGGCGCUGUCCGACCUGUUGGCCUCUGCUUCCCUGCCCUUCUUCACCUACUUCUUGGCCGUGGGCCACUCGUGGGAGCUGGGCACCACCUUCUGCAAACUGCAUUCCUCCAUCUUCUUUCUCAACAUGUUCGCCAGCGGCUUCCUGCUCAGUGCCAUCAGCCUGGACCGCUGCCUGCAGGUGGUGCGGCCGGUGUGGGCGCAGAACCACCGCACCGUGGCCGCGGCGCACAAAGUCUGCCUGGUGCUUUGGGCACUAGCAGUGCUCAACACGGUGCCCUAUUUCGUGUUCCGGGACACCAUCUCGCGGCUGGACGGGCGCAUUAUGUGCUACUACAAUGUGCUGCUCCUGAACCCGGGGCCUGACCGCGAUGCCACGUGCAACUCGCGCCAGGCGGCCCUGGCCGUCAGCAAGUUCCUGCUGGCCUUCCUGGUGCCGCUGGCGAUCAUCGCCUCGAGCCACGCGGCCAUGAGCCUGCGGUUGCAGCACCGCGGCCGCCGGCGGCCAGGCCGCUUCGUGCGCCUGGUGGCGGCCGUCGUGGCCGCCUUCGCGCUCUGCUGGGGGCCCUACCACGUGUUCAGCCUGCUGGAGGCGCGGGCGCACGCUAACCCCGGGCUGCGGCCGCUCGUGUGGCGCGGGCUGCCCUUCGUCACCAGCCUGGCCUUCUUCAACAGCGUGGCCAACCCGGUGCUCUAUGUGCUCACCUGCCCCGACAUGCUGCGCAAGCUGCGGCGCUCGCUGCGCACGGUGCUGGAGAGCGUGCUGGUGGACGACAGCGAGCUGGGUGGCGCGGGAAGCAGCCGCCGCCGCCGCACCUCCUCCACCGCCCGCUCGGCCUCCCCUGUAGCUCUCCGCAGCCGCCCGGAGGAACCGCGGGGCCCCGCGCGUCUCCUCGGCUGGCUGCUGGGCAGCUGCGCAGCGUCCCCGCGGACAGGCCCCCUGAACCGGGCGCUGAGCAGCACCUAGAGUUAGAACCCGGCCCACGUAGGGCGGCACUCACACGCGAAAGUAUCACCAGGGUGCCGCGGUUCAAUUCGAUAUCCGGACUCCAGCCUCAGUGAUCAAAGUCCGAGGGGCGGGACCCAGGCACCUGCAUUUUAAAGCGCCCCGGGAGACUCUGAAUCUUUUUCAGAAACAGUGAGUUAAAGCAGUGCUUCUCAAACCUUGAUGUGCCUGUGAAUCACCUAGGGGUCUUGUUAAGUGCAGUCUGAUCCAGGAGGCCGGGGCCGGGUACUGAGUGUCUGCACUUAACAAGCUCCCAGGCCGAGAAGCCAGUGCGGCAGGUUCACAGGCGAGGCCUGGAGUAACACAAAGUGAAACUCAUAAUAGACUUCCCACUCUAGGGCAGUGGAGUCGGAAGGGCACACGGGGUGCGUCUCCCCGGAGUUCAGUUUUACCAGAUGAUGGGGGAGGGGGGAAGGAGUUUUAUGUUAAACCAUCCAUGUAUUUUUGGAGAAGAGAGAGGAAAGGUUGGAGAAGCACUGUUCCAGCCUGCCCUCUUCAUUUAGCCAAUGCUUACUGUGCUAGACGCUUCAUCCCACAAUCUUAAGGGGCAGCUUCUAUUAGCCAGUCUUUACAGCUGAGCACAUUCUGGCUCAGGGAGGUUAAGUGACUUGCCCAGUUUCAGGGCUAACGACCACAGGGUCUGCACUCUAACCCUAGGCAUCACAUGCUCAAUGACUCUCUGGUGAGCAAGGACAUUCUCUGACCUACUCGAGGGACUUAAGAUGCUAUCUUGUGACCCAGCACUGCCCAAAGUGCUUCCAAGGCAGAAGCAGCAGGGGAUGGCAUGGUCAAGCACUUGGGAAACCUGGGGCUAAUCAAAUCCAACGGGGGAAAUGACUAAAAGUCUUCGGUUGUUAGAACUUGAAUGGGCACAGCACACGUCAUUUCUUAGGUAAGCAGACCAGCCUCCCUGUCGGCCUGGUGUUCUGUGGGAUCCCUCUGGGCACUGGUAAUCCCAAGAUCUGUGCAGCCCGGCCUCCAGGCCACAUGGGGCUGGGCAGCUACCAUUUCCCUUUUGCGGAUGGGAGGGGUAACUUGCACCUCUGACCUAUCACUUCCACUGCACCGCGUCUCAUUCCUCCACCUGCCAUGGACUUGGGGUCAGAGACUGCUGUGUUUGAGCUCUGCAGCCCAGGGACUGAAAAGUCGGUGUCAAUGAAUUUUGCUUGGUGGUUGAAAUGUCAGUGGAAGAAGCAGAUGAGAAACUCUUGAGAUCUUGGUCCUGUGUUUUUUCUGCCACCAAAGGCCAGGGUCACUGAAGGCCUGGCCCACAGCAGGUGCUGAGCAAAGGGAACAGUGAGGUGCCCAGCUAGCUGCACAGCCACCCUGUGUUGACACCUCACCCCUGCUCCCUCCCAUCCCUUCCCCCUUUACUCAUAGCACUUCCCCCAUUGGACACGUGGUGCAUUUUGCUUGUUUAUUAUGUUUUCUCUCCAUCAGAAUGAAAGCUCCUCGAGGGCAGGGACUUCGGUCUGUUGUCUGUAUUUGCCAGUGCCUAGGAUUGUGCCUGUAUGCAACAGGCACUCAAUAAAUAUUUUUGCUGUAGACUGGA